AUGAGGCUCGAGACUGUGCUGGUGAACGAGACCAGGCGCAGCAUCCCGGACCUGGAGAAGAAGUUCGUCAAGGGGCAUCGUCGGAGCUACGACCAACUCCGUCGUCCCGAGACUGGACAUGGACACGGUCAAGCUUGGGGUCGGGAAGGCGAGGUUAAUAACCUAGGCAAGGCUAUAAAUGGCGUCUUCAAGUCGUUUAAGGACGUAAACUUGAUGAUGCGCUACCUUAGGGCCAGCAGCCCGGCCAGGUAUAGCUAUAUAGACAUAGACAAGGUCAAGACUAAGCCUCUGAUAGCAUCUGAGAUCACGAUUAAGGAGGCGCUCUUGUGGAGGAUGAUGGGCAUGCCUGUGAUUAGGACCAAGAACGUUAACUUUGACUGCUACAUGUAUAACUCUGUUGUGUUAGAAGGGGAAUAUGAACAUAAAAGCCGUCCCUAG